CACGCGGCUUGUGCUCUGCCGCCAGCCGCCCGCCAGGCAGCGCAUCCGAACGAACGAACAACCCGCACCAUUCACAAUACGCAACCGUGUUUACGAACGCAGCCUUCUAUUUUUGAAAAUUCAAAUUUGGAAUAAAUUUACAUUUUUGAGUGCAGUGACGAUUUUUGAAAUUAAUUUGGAUUUUGUCCAGGGAUAUUUAUAGCUCGCCCGUGGCAGAGAUUGGUUACUUCUGCACUAUAUGGACUUCUAAUUGCAAUUGGGACAAGAACAUUGCGAUAUGGCUGAGAACGGGUACGGCGCCGGCCCUGUCGCCGGACACAUCGGUAGGAUACCAAACUAUGGAAAAACUCAGGUCAACUCUAUGGGAUCUGAACCGCCAGCAUGCAUCCAGAAUGCUAUGAUGACAAAAGACAAGAAACCUUUCACGUAUACUCCAGGUGGUCUUGAUCUAUCCCAAAUUCGUACGCCGAGUAUGGCCAGGAGGAUGGCACGACAACGUUCGCUUGAAGAACAGGAACAAGCAUAUGGGCAGCCUAACGGUGCCCCUAAAUAUCACCCUCAAGGGGGACCUGUACCUCCACCACCGCCACCGCAAAUGCCACCACCACCGCCUCCUCCACCAAUAGUUAUCCAGGUCCCCGACUCAAAAUCACCAAAACCUAUUGUACCUGGUGAAAGACCAGAAAUAGUCAUUCCGGAAAAUCCUAUUGGAAUGUUAAGAAAAACAAAUAGUCCGUAUCACUGGGAGGCUGAAAAAGCAGAAAAAGAGCGUAUGGGCACAGUACCUAAGUUUGCAGAGAAGGUUCCAAGUCCAUUAACCGUUAAAAUGCCGCCAGCUACAUUCCCACCACAACAAUCCCAGAAUUAUUCACCACAACAAAAUCAACGCCAAACAUACCCAUACCAAAAUAAUCAAUCACCAGAAAGUCCAUUGUAUAGACCUGCACCACAGUACAUGCACCAGAAAUCUUCUUCUCCGAUUGUUAAUGGUUCAACACCAACUAGAGAAAUUUUACAGAGGCAAGAUUCGCAAUUUAAUAAGAGCCCUCAGCCCUUUGCAGGACAGUCUCCAGUCAGUAAUGGUUCUCCAUAUUCACCUUCCCCUAAUAAUAAUUGGAAACAACCAGAUCGAAGAGACUCUCCGGCUAAUAAUGUAAAUUAUAGCCCCCAAUCCCCUUUGAAUCGUGGUCCAUUUUCUCCAAAUACACAACAAUUUUCACCCAAUAACCAGAAUCAAUCAUCGUUUGAUAAUCCUACUCCUGUUUUUCAUACACUUCCCAGAACUAACCAAAGAGGUCCAGAUAAUUACGGGAAUAACUUGCAAAAUAAUAAUGUCAUAUACAAUAAUACUAGAGAAGAUAGUCCUAAAAUCGAUGCUUCAAAUCCUACGCCAUGGCGAACAAGUACAUUAAACAGAAAUCCGAGAGAAGCCGAUGAUUUACAAGCCAUCUAUCAUAAUAGUAAAAACGUUAAUCAACAGCCGACAUAUAAUCCACCGUGGAAAUCAAACGAUUCUACAUUACCUAAUAAUAAUAACACUUACAUUCCUACUUGGAAGCAAGAUAAUAAAACAUCUGGUAAUCAGGUUGACAAUCAACAAUAUAAUCCUCCCUGGGUACAAGAUUCUAACAACAAUAAAGUACCGCAAGAAAACUACAGUCCAUGGAGGUCACAGGAAAAUGACAAUAAAUCAGGUCCCGCAUUUGUACCUAAACAAAAUGAACCAGAACAACGGUAUCAAUCAACAAUGUCUAUUCCCGUGACUCCAAGGAAACCUAAUUCUCAACCUGAAUACAACAAUACUCCACAGAGAGAAGCAGUGUAUGUGAAUCAGGAACCAGUAUAUUACUGUCCUGAAAGUCCAAAAUCAAUACCUCCUUGGGUCAAAACGCAAAAAGAGAAAACAAAGACACCCCCGCCGGCUUGGUGUCAAAGACCUUUAGACGGAAGGAGAAGUUCUCCAAGAGAAUUAGUUACUCCUCCUAGGGAAACUACUAAUCUAGAGCCAGAAUGGGUGAAAAAAAGCAAUGAGAUGCAGAGAGGUGCACGGGAGGUGGUAACUCCACCUAAAUACCAUCAGCCAGCACAACCGUCAUGGUCAACGCUACCAUCAGAAAACCGUAAAAGUAUUCCUCGGGACAAUGCUCCUAGUGUUCAAGGAAGAAUUAUUCCAAUACAAAUGGAGGCAUCAGGUAUUGAUUCCGGAGAUCAUACAAGACAAGGAAAGCAGCAGCCUCAAUUAAGAAUUGUUAUUGACAUGCAACAAAAUCCAAAUGUUCAGGGUUACGCAAACAAUGGGGCGCCAUAUUCGCAGCCUACACAACGGAUUAUGAGAGUCUUGUCACCUCAGUUGGUAAGAUUAGACGACGGACAGAAUGAGCUUCCGACUUUAAAUAGAACUUACCAGAGUAACCAGGACAAUCAACCAAAGACACGGAUAAUUCCGAUACAGAUUGAAGACGGCAGUAUUGGCGGGGCAAACAAAAGUUCCAGGGUAUAUUACCACAAGUUCACGCAAGAGGGACCGCCUCGGCAAUCGAAGGCGUUCAAAGUUCUACAGGUCAUUACGGGCACUGAGGACACAGACAGUAUACAAAAUAUGGAAAAAAGUCAUGGUUACACCGAUCUAUAGUAUUAAAUUUUAAGCUAAAUUGUAUUUAAAUUAUUCUAAUUGCACUUAUAUCUACAUCUACACUACGUAAUUAUUUAUUAUAUUAUAUAUAAGUAUAUAUCUAUCUAUACCUAUAUUAUUAUGUAUAUUAUAUAUUAAGUAUAUACUGUAGCUAAUUUUAGAGUAAGUAAUUUAUUAUUGUAAUUAUAUGUAUUUAUUUUAUAAUAUAUAGGUGUAUAUUGUAUAUUAAAUUUAGCUUUUUAAUUACUUUAAUAACAUAACAAUAUUUUUAAUGUUUAAUCUAAUACUAAUAUAACAGUCACGUCUGUAUCUCAUUAUAUUAUAAUUAUAUUCAAUAUGUUUAUAUAUUUUAUUAUUAACUUAGUUUUAUAAUAAUAUAUAUAUAUAUAUAAUUUAUGAUAAUAUAAAUAGGUACGUAGAUGUUACUAUAAGUGCACAUUUAACUUAUAGGACAGACAUUUGAAAAUGGUGCGUAUAUUUAAUUCGAUGUUAAUUACGAUUAAAUUAAUUAGAAUUAUAUAUUUUUAUGAAAUGUAACUAUGUUAACAUAUUAUAUAUGAUGUACUUAUUAUUAAUACUGAAUAACGAAUUGUAUAUAAAAAGAAAUAUAUUUAGUAAAAGAUUAUUCAUGCUUUUAUUAAGUACAUGAUUAUACUAAUGCUCACUGAAAACGGCUAGCUUACCAAAGAAUAUUAGGUUAAUUAUUUAAUUAAUUUAUUAUUUAUAUUAAAUAGAUAAUUUAAUUCUUACUUAUAAUAAUUAAAAAAUGUAAUAUUAUAUGAUUAUAAUUACACAAUAAGUCAGGCGUAAAUAACAAAAAGAAUUACUCACGUAAAGUUUAGGUUACUUUCCCAUCAGAAGGGUUAAUAUUAUAGGGUUAAAUAUGAUAAAUUUUUAAAUGGAAAGAGGUUACCAAUAAAUUUAUGUGAAUGUAUAAUGUAGUCUAAGCGCCUGUAGAUACGUUUUUAUCUCUACUAACAACGUCAUUUGAAAACGACGUACAUAUUUGUUGCCUUAUAUUUAUUGUAUUAUCUAAUAUCUAUGCCAUAACAAUAUCGUAAGCUUUUAUUACAUACAUUUACAUAUUAUCUUUGCACAUGUCACAGUGUAAUGGGAGGGGGAUGACAAGGGAAAAUCAAGCCAUAGUAGCCGUUCAUGUUACUGAACAAUUCUCUCGAAUAAUUUAGGUGUAAAAUAUUAAUAAUAUAUUGAACUUUUUACUAACUGUGCAGUCCUAUGCAAUAGAGAUCAAUUAGGAAACUGCGUGCUUUUCUUAGAUAAGUUCAGAUCAGAUUUAUGAAAACCUAUUCCACCUGAUUAAUAAAA